GUACCUAAACUUUCGACUCCGGAUGUUGAAUCAGAUCCUCACGAAAUCUCACAAGUUCCUAAACCACAUCCAUUUUUCCAAGAUUCAAUGCCUCUACCCAAAUACUUAAAUCCGAAUCUUGAAUCAGAUCCUCCAGAGAUCUUACAAGCUCCGAAACCCCGUUCAAUUCUCGAAAAUCCGAUGCCUGUUGAUCCUAAUCGUGAACCAAAUCCUCAAGAACUCUCACAAGUUCCUAAACCACAUCCAUUCUUUCAAAAUUCAAGCCCUGUACCUAGAUAUUCAAAUCCGAAUCGAGAAUCAGAUUCUCAGCAAAUCUCACAGGCUCCUGCACCCCAUUCAAUUUUUCAAAAUUCAAAACCAGUACCCGGAUUCACCGAUCCGAACCGUGAAUUAGAUACUCAAGAAACCUCACAAGCUCCUCAACCGCAUCCAUUUUUUCGAAAUUCGAUGCCUGAGCCUGAAUAUUCGAAUCCGAGUCAUGGGUUGCACCCUCAAGAAAUCUCACAAGCUCCUGAACCACAUCCAAUUUUCCAAGACUCAAUGCCUGUACCCAGAAAUUUGGAUCCGUAUCGUGAGUUG